CGGGCCCGGCCGCGCCUCCCGCCGUGUCGCGCCGCUGAGCUCAUCGCUCGGCGCCGGAAAGAAGCCAGGCGGCGGGAGCCGGUUGCUUGGGCCCAGUGCUGCUGCUCCUCGGAUGCGGGCUGAGCUGUUGCUUCUGCCCUACAGGGCCGGGCUGCGGCUGCUCCCGCCGCUCCGGCUGCGGCACCGGGCGCCGGGCACCAUGAAGCUGCAGUCCCCCCAGUUCCAGGCGCUCUUCACGCCGGGGCUCCGCAGCCUGGCGGAAUUGUUUGAGAAGAAGAACUAUGAGCUGAGAAUAGCAGGAGGUGCUGUGAGGGAUUUACUGAGCGGAAUGACACCACAAGAUAUAGAUUUUGCCACUACAGCUACGCCAGCAGAGAUUAAGGAAAUGUUCACAUCUGCUGGUAUUCGCCUGAUCAAUAACAAAGGAGAAAAACACGGAACCAUUACUGCCAGGCUCCAUGAACAGAAUUUUGAAAUUACUACUCUUAGAAUAGAUGUUGUCACCGAUGGACGACAUGCAGAGGUUGAAUUCACCACUGACUGGGAAAAGGAUGCUGAAAGGAGGGAUCUGACUGUCAAUUCCAUGUUUUUAGGUUUGGAUGGGAUGCUGUAUGAUUUUUUUAAUGGAUAUGAAGACUUGAAAAACAAGAAAAUUAGAUUUGUAGGAAAGGCAAGUGAGAGAAUACAAGAAGAUUAUUUACGAAUCUUAAGAUAUUUCAGAUUUUAUGGAAGAAUUGCAGAGAAACCUGGUGAUCAUGAACCUAAUACACUGCAGGCAGUUAAAGAAAAUGCCAAAGGUUUGGCUGGAAUCUCAGGAGAAAGAAUUUGGAUGGAACUGAAAAAAAUUCUUCUUGGAAAUCAUGUAAAUCAUUUGGUUCGCCUUACGUAUGAGCUGGAUAUUGCCCAAUACAUAGGACUACCACUUGAUGGAAAUUUAGAGGAAUUUGACAGAGUCUCUAAAAAUAUUCAAAAUCUGUGUCCAAAACCAAUGACUGUUCUGACAUCGUUGUUCAAGGCAAAGGAUGAUGUCACCAACCUUGAUCUGAGGCUGAAAAUCUCAAAAGAAGAAAAAAACCUCGGUCUCUUUUUAGUGAAGCACCGGCAAGAGUUAACCAAAGCUUUGGGUCCAGAACCACUUAGACCGUAUCAGGACUUCAUAAUGGACUCUAGGGAAGCUAAUACAAAUUCCAGGAUCUGUGAGCUUCUAAAAUACCAAGGGGAGGAACAUCUUUUAAGAGAAAUGCAGCAAUGGACUGUUCCUACUUUCCCUGUUAGUGGCCAUGAUUUAAGAAAAAUGGGAGUGUCUUCUGGAAAAGAAAUUGGAGCAGCAUUACAGCAGUUAAGGGAUGAAUGGAAGAAGAGUGGAUACCAUAUGGAUAAAGAAGAACUGUUAAGUUGCCUGAAGAAGUCGUAAAACUGAAUAAUAGUAGAGAACUGAUUGUGCCCUGUUCCGAGCGUGAGUGAGAUACCAGUCAAUACUUUGUCACUGUACACACAGCCAAUAUAGUGUUUGUCGUAUUUAAGAUCUUCAGACAGCCCAGUUCUUCUGUUACUAAUUCAUAGUUUCUGCAAAGAGAGGUUUUAUUUUGUAGUCACGUAAAAUGUUAUUUGCCAAAUUCCCCAUUAUCUAACUCUUUUUCUUGUAUUUUAAUGAUAAGCUUAUUUAUCAUUAAAAUAUGAAGUAAAAAUACUUUACUUGACUCCGGGGCAUUAGAGGUGCCAUCAAGAUUUUUCUCAUUUGGAUUUUGCUUCAUUUAAAAAAAGAAAAAAUAACCACCCAAAUAACCCACCACCCUCCCCCAAAGACGUUUCACUAGAUAAAAUCCUGGGGUUUUUUGUGCCUCGGAGAGUGACACAGUGCCUAGAAAUAAUGGGCUCAACUCUAAUUAUCUGUCUACAUACCAGAUUGAAAUACUCCAGCAGUUCUCUAACAGUCUUACCAUGUAAAGCAAUUCUGUUUUCUAUAAAGAUUUUUAUUUUCUGUAAUUCUAGAAUCAAUUCUAGAUUAAAAGGACGACCUAGCUGAGUCAGUGUCAUGACCUUCUUCUCUCUUCAGUAAUUUUCCAGUAACUUGUUUAUCACUGAGUAACUAAAUCCAUAGAAAACUGGUGAAGGGGUCUACGGUGUUUCCAGCUUGGUGUGUGAAACGUCCUGUUAAUGUCCAUGUCCAGUACUUGAUUCCUGCUUUCGUUCCUGUCUCUUUCCCAGUGAUGUACGAGAAGUUAAAGGGGUUUAACUCUGAGUUAAAGCUGAUGGGGGAAGGAGCCCAGACAAGGAGUUGUUUGCAUGUAGAAGCUCAUAACUCAUAGCGGGGGUCAACGAGGAGUUUGUAGCCACCAAGUGAUGCUGUGACAGGUGGGUUUUUGCAGCAAUGCUGUUCCUGGCUGGUCUUAAUGAACAUGUAUUAGCAUCUCUGGCUUUUUUUUGUGUGUUUUUAAAACAAAACAAAACAGAAAAAUAGCUCUGAGAGCAGCUAUUGUGUGUAUAAAUUUUAUUGCAGGUUUAAAUUUUCCCAUAAAACCAUGGUAACUAAUAAAAUUGUUUGGACUUCA